UGGAGUCGGCAGUCGCGCGCCCACCGACUGUGGUUCCGGUGGGGUCGAUCACCACCGCGUAGUGUAUGCGUGCCUUUACACACUACAUUCCGAACUUUACUCGCGUGCACAGUGAACGCUUCGCGCCAAAUUUCGUAUAAGUACGAUAUUUGAAUUUUGACGUUUGUUUUUUUUUUGGACGGAACAUUACUUAAUAAUUUUUUUAAGGACAUAUUAAGGACGAUUUUUGAAAAGUUCUGUGUUUUUUUUGUGAAGUGACUAAUUGUUUGAAAGACGUAUUAAUUAUGUGAAAACAUUUUGGCUGUUAUCAAGUAAAGGAAUUCGUAAACACUUGUGUUGUUAAUAAGUUUUGUAUUUGUGAAAUGGUUUGUGAACAAUAAAAUAUAAAUAUCAAGAUGAAGAUGCGGUGGAACAUUUUAGUACAUUUGUUUAUUUUAUUUGUUUUCGCAACUUGUGUCGAUGCGGUACAGAGGUUCAUUGAGAUGCCGACGUAUACGGAGGUGAAUCCUGGCGAAGAUGCUCUCCUCAAAUGCAGGAUAUCCGACAAGAAAGGCGUUUGUUCAUGGCAAAAGGAUAAUAAGCCAGUGGGAAUAUACCGAGGGAAGUACGAGUGGGCCAACGAGAACAGCCCGGUGGGGGGCGACUGCUCGCUGUGGGUGCGAGCCGCCACGCUGCAGCUCGAUGAUGGACAGUGGCAGUGCCAAGUCACGGCCAGCAACUAUGAUGUGCAGGAUGCCCUCUCAAGUCCACCAGCAGCUUUAGCAGUCCGUGUACCACCACAGUCUCCUCGGAUCCUGUUCAACGGCUCCCACGUGAUGCCAGGCCAGAACAUCACGGUGCCAGCUGGAAACAGGGCCACCGUCGUCUGCGAAGCCAGAUAUGGCAACCCUCCUGCUUACAUCGAGUGGUAUUUGGAAAAAGAACGUCUCACAGCAUGGUCUCAGACCAAUGCGUCUGAGGUGGAAAGGCCGCGGGUGUGGGCAGCUCGGUCAGUGCUAGAGCUGGGAGCCACCAGGUCUGCCCACGGGCGCCAGCUGGCCUGCAGAGCUCAUCAUCCAUCAUACCCGUCUCCAUACUACAGGGACUCUUAUACUAUGCUGGAUGUUACUUUUGUGCCAGUAGUUUCCAUAGUUGGAGGCGACGCUAGUACUCUAGCGAACCUGGAGGAAGGUUCCAGUGCCCUGACUCUGGAGUGUCGAGCUGAUGGUAACCCAAGUCCUUACGUGUGGUGGACCAAGAACGGACAAGUCAUUGCUACGAAUGGAGCUAAAUUGAUACUGGCACCUGUGUCCAGAAAUCAUUCUGGCAUUUACGGCUGUCAAGCAAGGAACUCGCUGGGAACUUCGGAUUCAGUCAAGAUUGAAAUUGACAUCAAAUAUCCUCCUCGAGUGUCGUGGGUAGGACCUGACACAGUAGUGGAAGCGAACCUGUUCUCUCAAGUUACGUUGGAGUGCAAAGCUGAGGGCAACCCUCCUCCAUCCUACACCUGGUAUCAUAGCCCAGCAUCAUCAGCUCGCAUAAACUCCCUGCAAGAUGGCGCCUACCCGAUCUCCAUAACACCACAACUGCAACUGCACAACGUGUCCUACGACCAGCACGGACGGUACACCUGCGUGGCCACCAACCAGAUAGGACUUGAAGACAGGAGUCACCAAUCCGAAGCGGUGACCUUGAACGUGCUGGGCCCGCCAGUGGGCGCAGACACGGGCGCCGCGCACGCGUGGAGCGGGCACGAGGCGCGCGUGGCCGCCACCGUGUGCGCCGACCCGCCGCCGCGCCGGGCCGCCUGGCUCUGGGGCAGUCUUCGGCUUGAUGUACCAUCACAGAUCGGUCGCUACCGCACCAUCGAGCCCGCGACAGACGGGGGCUGCUACCGGUACACGUUGCUGAUCUCCAACACUGGGGUAGCGGACGCUCGAGUCUACGUCCUACACGUGGAGAAUGAGAGAGGUUUCUCCUCUCAUGCUGUCUCUCUCACUGUGCAUGAUAAUUUUUCGCUAACAGAGACUGCACACGUGGCCCCGCUGAUCGCGGCCGCGCUUGUCAUUGCAGCUCUGUUGGUCAUUGUGCUGUGUCUCAUCAUCCGGUGCCGGAGACGGAGAGAAAGCGUCGAAUAUAAGACUGAAGAUUUAGAUAGCGAAAAAGCAGCUCUACCAGCAGACGCGGUGUACACGCCGCGCGAGGCGCCGCGGCCGGCGAUGGUGGGCGGCGCGGGCUCGGUGGCCGGCAUCGCUGGUGGCGCGGCGGCGGGCGCGCGCUACUCGCCGGGCGCGCUGCAGGUGCGGCGCGCCGCCGUGGUGCUGCAGCCCCCCACCACCGUGUGACCCCCGCGCACAGGCAGCUUUAUCGUCGCUGGAGAGAGAAGCCAAAGAGAAUGUAUAUGCGGUAUUAGACCCGCACAUUCAGUACGAAAUAACGAUUAAUAAGCACGGAGAGCCGCCUAAAUAUUUGUCCUUAUCGAAGCCGCUAACCCACCAAAGAACUCACGCCUUCGACCCCCAUAGCAUCACCAAUGAAAUUAAUAAUAAUGACUAUGAUAAAUUCUCUACAUUCAAACCAGGACCGCCAAAAGCAAGAAGAUCCAACAAAAGUAACGAUAGGAACACCAAAAACUAUGUCUGCAAAACUAAUAACGAUAUAGAAUACUCCAAAGACCCUUACUUUGGUAAAGUUAGAAGUACAGAUACAAUAAAUCAAAAUACACAAAAAUACAACGAACACAAAGAUACCAAAAACUAUUCUCGCAUGUACGAGAGGAAUAACUCUGGAAGGAAGGACAAUGACAGAAAGAAACAGGAUGGCUUCGAAAAAGAUUUUCAGAAUAAUAGAAGAUCUUCGAAUCGCAGCUGGAAAGGCACAAAAGAGAAGGAGCGGUCUUUUGAAGAUUAUACAGAAGGGAAUGGGAAACCAGAUACUGAAGAAGAGUUUCGGCCUCGACCAGGGAAGGUCAGGGAAAUAGCUUCGAGGUUCAACAAGUGCAGCACUGGGAACGUAACUUUGAAUAUGAAGAAGGAGAGACCCAGGCCAUUGCAAAGUUACGGUCACCAGCCGUACCUGGACCACGUGUUCCCUGACGCCGUAGAGAUAUAGUGUGUUGAGUGGACAUGACAAGUUAGAUCUCCGUUUAGUUAUUGUGUACUUAAUAAGGACUAGAUUUCUCACUAUACUUAUUUAUUAAAUGUAGUUUUGCCAUAUUCUUCUAGACGUUUCAUGACUGUGUUGUCGAGGAGAUUUUUGAAUACUACUUCAGCAUGUAGUUGUAUAUAGGUCGCUGUUAGAUAGAUGCACUUGAUAGGUAUAUGCACGCGAGGUGCGCCAGCAAAUAGGAUGCGGAUCGUAGAUAUGCCUGCAUUCUUUAUAUCCAUUAAUCUAUUCAUUAAACUAUUAAAAUGAAUUUAAAGAUUAUCCUAAAGAUGUUGAGACAAAACUUUACAAUUUGUAUUAAAUAUUUUUUUGUAUUCAAAAUGACUUUUAUAAUUAUUAUACUUACGAUGUUGCAUUUACCUACUUGUAAAUAGUCUGAUAUUGUAACUUUAAGUUCGUAUUUCUUACUUUCUCCUUUGGAAUUAAGAUUAUAGUUUGUUAUAGAUCAGUUUCUUGUGUGUAUAGUCUUUAUAACUUAUGUUUCGUAUUGUUGAAUUUUAACAGUAUUAAAAGUAUAAUUUACA